GCUUUACAGAUUGAAUCAAUUCCAGCCCAUUAAUCAAUUCUUUUCCUUGAGCUGUUUCGGCGACGGAAGUGAUUUGUGUGUUUCCGGGUCAGGGCUCGGGACGGAUCCUGAAGACGAGGAGGCCGUGGGUCGGCGCGGUUUCCUGUUGCUGCAAGUUGGGGGUGGAGAGGAAAGAGUGGAGUCCAGCCACUUCGUGACUGAAAAGGGGGUGUCACUCUGAACUAUUAUGCUGACUGCUUUCAGAUCACCAGUAGCAUUCGCUCCACUUAGUCUGCUCACCAUCUCAGGACUCAGUAUUUGAAGGUUUCCUUUUGUUGAAAAAUCGGUAUCUCAUUUUAGUGAAAAUGGAUGGAGAAGAGAGGACCUAUGGAGGCUGUGAAGGCCCUGAUGCUAUGUAUGUAAAGUUGAUCUCCUCUGAUGGCCAUGAAUUUAUUGUAAAGCGAGAACAUGCAUUGACUUCUGGCACAAUUAAAGCUAUGUUGAGUGGCCCAGGACAGUUUGCUGAAAAUGAAACGAACGAAGUAAAUUUUCGUGAGAUUCCAUCCCAUGUGCUAUCAAAAGUGUGCAUGUAUUUUACCUACAAGGUUCGCUACACCAACAGUUCUACAGAGAUUCCUGAAUUUCCAAUUGCACCAGAGAUAGCACUGGAACUGCUGAUGGCUGCAAACUUCUUAGAUUGUUAGAAAAUAAAAAUGUAACUUAUAACCCAAAAAAAGAUGUUAAGCUUCUGUAUUUAACUACUUGCACAAUCAAUAAGUGACUUUAAAAUGGUGUUGCGUAUGUGUCUGAUAACUCACAAAAUCUUUUCUUUUAUCCAAGAUAUUUUUUUUUUCAAGCAUUGAGUAAAGAUAAUGAGGAUCCUUUGGCUUCUUGUAUAUUACACAAAUCAGACAUUUUCUCCCCUCCCAUAAUGUUCUAUAUUGGUGUGCAGAUGGCUUGCAGCUGUUAACUUUCCUCAUAAUUUUCACGGAAAACAAAUAGUUGUAGCCCUCUGUGUAUCCAUACUGUACCAUUCUUGUGCUGAUACAGUUCCCAGCUGAAUUUCCAUCCGCUACCCCUAUAGAAUUGACUAGUAAUAAAGUGUCUUAAAAGUACUGUAGCCAUAUUGUAUUAGUAUGUAACUGCAUUUCCUCUGCACCACAUCAUGGAGCUUCUAUCAAAACUGCAAUUUUACUUUUCUAGUAGUUUAUAAGUUGAGUUUGUUUUUUCUAUUUCUUUAUCCCUACCUGGAGUUACUAUUGUCUAAACAGUUCUUAAAUUCAAGUUCCUCUGCUUAAGUUCCAAAGUAACAUUGUCCCUGUUCUUUUUAAGUUAAGGGAGACUACAGGUAAGUAUGAAUAAGUUUACUGAAUACCACCUUAGUUCUAUUUUUUUAAAAAGCUUCAUUUGCACAAAUUCAAAGAAUAAUGCAAACUUGAUAGGGGUCAGAGGGAUUCCUUUGAGUAUCUGUCAAUUACUUCGUUUCUUCAGAGAAUCUAAUUAUUUUAUAAUUCUGAGAUUUAUGUACUUGUGGUCAACUUUCAUGUUCAGGUUGAAGGUUGUCAGUAAUAAGUAAUGAAACUCAUCUAUAUUUUACUUCCAGUAUCAAUGUCAAACACAAUUUAAUUUUAAACUGACAUAAUGAAGAGCAGUGCUCCCUUUUGUGGCUCUUGCCUUUGGGGAAAAAAUGUCAAAUUUCUAUUUCUUUUACAAGCUUUGUUUUUGGGAUUUUUUUUCUGAGCAGGGUUAGUACCAAACUGAGCUCAUGUCCAACAGGAAUUGGGUUGAGGCUGCCCAAAAUUCACUUCUAUGUUGAAUGCUUCCAGUAGAUUGAGAAAUUGCUCAUCCUGUUAUUUUUGGGAUUCAAACCAAACAUCCAGUUAGUAUUGGCUCGAUUGCUAAUUCACCCAGACCCUCACUAUUGCUGUCACUUUCUUUUUGGUUUUGCCUCCCCUCACCCCACCCCCUGUCCCCCACCCCAAAAAGAAUUGUGUUGCAGUUGAUGUCCAAUCCAUUCCACUACAGUUGAUUCAUACCAACAUCUGAUUGUCCAAAUGCCAAGUAUACACUAGGAUAGUACCACAAUAUUGUAGAACCAGUAACUGGAUAAAGCCACCCCUCAUUGUUUUUAUACUUGUUUGAGGGCUGUUUAUAAAGUAGCAUUGGCAAAGUUUUGGUAACACCUCAACUGGGAAUGAAGGAGGACAUGAAACAAUAAAUGUUAAAAUAAUUUUAAACGGCUUAAUUGAUGAAAAAUCAUUGUUUAGAUACUGAGAUGUUCAAUACUUAUUAUGUAGUCUUUAACAGUCUACUGAUUUAAACUAGUGAAUUCUCCCAUCUCAUUACCAAAAUACUUUGCACUAUUUUUACUUUUAUAUUUUUAUAGCAAAAAUAUUAUUCAGAUGGAAUAAAGAAAUUCAUAUGUGAAUAGACUGAAGCCACUCUAGUUAAUGGUAGCCCUCAUUCCCCAACUUCCCUACAUCUGUCUUCUCUUCUCCCCUCCCCAACCACCUCCCCACACACGCACGCGCACACACACACACCAUCACCUGGCAACUAAUUAGAUAUUUGAAAAAUAUUUUUAAUAGACAAAAUGAUUAUUGAACCUUUCAGAUCUCAUGUCUGACAAAUUUGAAUGUGGAUGGCCGUAUGUUCAAAGAUGAGCUGAUUCAAUUGGGCUCAUAUCUCUCAAAUUUUAUAACUCUUAGUUUUGAAGUUCCAACUCCUGCAGUGCUGUCCAAUAAAUUAGUUAGUCCUGUUAAAAGCGUCAUGUCAUAGUUUUCCCUCCAUACUAAACUGUUCAAACAGGAUCAGCAGUUUGUUAUAAUGUUCCACAUAUGCACAAACAUAUAUUAAAUACUGGGAAUUUUAAUUCAAGAGUUGUUUUGCUGCAAAGGCUUUUUGUGUGUACACUUUUACUAGCAUGAGUUAAAAGUUUUGCAUGCACUGCACCCCUCCUUUUCACAUUUCAUAUGACCUGUACAUUUCACCCUUUUUUUAAACUACUGUUGCACACCUGUCACAAUAUAGAUCACUUAUUGUCAAACUUACUAUCACUUAUACUUCUAGUUGAUUCUUCUCACUUGACCUCUGAUCCUCUCAGCUUAAUUAUUCUAUCUCCUAUACCUGGUGCUAGUCAACUUGCCUGAGGUUUAUGCUUCAAUUAAGUGACCUUUCCAAAAUGUGCUGCUAAUUAUUUAAAACUUUCCUUCACCUGUCAGCCUUUGCCUGCAGGUACCCAGCCAUCAGCUGGGAGCUAUAACAUUUUUCUUGGGUAGUUUAUCCUCCUCCUCUUGCACCAUAGGACCUUGUCCACAAUGGUUUGUUUGAGACUAUUUAGCUAUCAGUCAACUUCAACAUGGAUUCCUGCAAAACUUUCCACUCGAAUGUUUAAGUCUAGCUACAGUGUUUUGUUUAUAUUGUUCCUGGUGCUUGUUUUACUAAGUACAAUUCUGCCAGUUAUUUUGAAGUCCAUACACUGAUAGUUUCCAUUUGCCAGCUUUGAUGUAAUUUGCUAUAGCAAUGAGAAGAAAUUUAAUAGAUAGCAGAGGAAACUCAGCUAUUGAGUGUUGAAUUUGUCAUUAGUGAAAUAGGUCCUAGAGUAUAGUAUACUGUUUGGAUCCCCUUUCCUUAAAAAAUAUAUAUUGAAAAAUAUUCAGAGAAGAGUGGUUCUAAGUCUUACAGGACUAAAUGAAGAAAGAUUGAUAGAUAUAACUUGUCAAGAGUCUUUGAAUGAACGAACAGUGUCGAUAAGGUAGAGGUAAAACUAUUGUUUGAAUUAAACUUUUGAGUUAUAACAUCUAUAUUAAAAUCUGCAUAUGUCCGCAAACCUACCUUCCUGUUCAUGAUUGGUGUUGAACAUUUAAAUAUUAGCAAUUUCCCAUGUACAUGGUUGUAAUGGUUUAUUAAUGAAAUGAAUUUAAAUCAUUGAAUUAUUUAUUUUUAAAAAUAUCUGCUUUUUUAUGUUGAAAUACCUAAUAUCCAAAAUAAGAUAUCAAACAAAAAGCAGAAGUAUUUUACCAUAUCCUGGUAACUGCAUUAAAAUCUUUACUUGAAGGUCUGACCUCCUAAGAGCUGUGGAUUGGACUUGAUAUUUUUGCCCAUGUGAUGGUUUUGUUAGCUGAAGGUAGGCUCUGCAACUUGAGCUUAUAUGCAGCCUGCACAAAUUCAGAGGGUGCAUCCAUAGCAUUUAGAUAAAUAAGUAACAAUGUUUCUUUGUCUUUAACAAAAUACUAUUUGACUUUUGAAAAUUAUUUGGAAAAAAACCCAAGGAUAAACUUAAGAAACUUUUUUCAGGUAAAAUGGAGUUAAAUGUGCCUGUAUGAGAGAAAUAGAAAAUGACAAUGCUGUGGAUAGCAAAUUCUUAUUAAUAGAUACUUUAUAAAUUUUAAAGCAUAAUCUGAAAAUGUCUUCCUAAUUGAGCUUUUUCAAACCGUUAUAUUUAUAUCAAAUAAAGCCUGUAAUUAUCA